AGAUAUUGCACUUUUACCAACAAAAAAGCGCAAAAAAAAAAAGAAGAAAAAAAUAAAAUUUCUUUUCUUUUUUAUAAUUUUCCCUCGUUUUCUCACUUCCCAAACACCCCUCCGAGUCUCCCGAAUUAUAUAUCUGCUUCUUCUUCUCAAUAGUCUUCGUUUCUCUCCUGAUUUUUCUCCCAAUCCGAUCCGAUCCCGACACGGACAAUUCGACCUCGCUGAUGACAAGAACCUAAAAAAAGCAACCAGAAAAAAAAAAAGAAAAAAAAGAGAAAAAAAAGAAGAUAGAGGGAGAGCUUGAGCUGUUAUUGCAAUGGGUGAAGAGGUGAGGAUGAGCGAGUACGAAGGCGGUGGCAGUGGCGGCGACGACGAGACUCGAGUUCUCGAGUGGGAGGCGGGGCUGCCGAGCGCCGACGAUCUCACGCCGUUAUCUCAGCCGUUGAUCCCAAUCGAGCUCGCUUCUGCCUUCAGCAUCUCGCCGGAGCCGUGCCGUACAGCCGUCGACGUCAACCGCGCAUCGCAGAAGACGGUCUCGACGCUCCGCGGCGCCGCUCACUCUCAGGGCUUCUCUUCGAACUACAAGUCGUUUGACGAGAACCGCAGCGACGACGUCGAGCCGAUGGUCGUCGAGGUCGACGAGAACGACGGGUACGGCAACGCCGGAUCCGAUUCAAGAAAGUCGCGGAAGAUUGAUUGUACGGAGGAGGCCGAUUCGGCGCUGAGGACCGAGAAUUUCUCGGCCGACGACACAUCGGCGCGGGCGCUGAAGCGGCCGAGGCUCGUGUGGACCCCGCAGCUGCACAAGCGGUUCGUGGACGUGGUGGCCCACCUGGGGAUCAAGAACGCGGUGCCCAAAACGAUUAUGCAGCUGAUGAACGUUGAAGGCUUGACCCGAGAAAAUGUGGCUAGCCACUUGCAGAAGUAUCGGCUCUACUUGAAGAGGAUGCAGGGGUUAUCGGGCGACGUUGGGCCGUCGUCUUCGGACCAGCUUUUCGCGUCGACGCCGGUGCCGCAGAGCUUGCAUCAAGAGUCGGGUGGCGGGUCGAGUCAGGCGGGUCAGAGCCUCGGGCAUGGAAAUGGGCAGUUUUCGUUUUCUAUGCCUUACCCGCCUACAAUGAUGCCCAUGCCGGUUCUCGGGUUGACCCACGGGCACGGGCACAUGGGCAUGCCGGGUGGCGGGUACCAUGGGUUCGAGUCGCACCAUUACAACAUGGGUUCGAUGGUUUCGUAUCCACAUGGUGCUCCAAAUCACAAAUGAGAAAUCUUUACACAUUAAGUUGAGAUUCAGAAGUUUCAGCAAGUUGGUUGAAGCUAACUCUUGGAACUCAACCUGUAAGCUUGCUUGAUUGGUAAUGUUGAACCUGACAGGCAUGGGAAGGGUUCUUAGGAAUUAUGUGGAGACACUUUAGAGGUAUAUGGGUUUUGAAUGAAUCAGCCAAUGUAACAAAAUCUCCCUCAUUAAAUGCAUGUAUUCCCAGUUACCUAACAGUGGGAGGUUCGUUCCUAGUCUACAUAGUUGACACCGAGGCAUCGAGUACAUUCUUAACCUGUUUCUAGUUAAUAUAUUCUUUUUGCAUCAAUAAGGUAUUAAGCCUUUUGUAACCGAGAAAAUAAGGUAUUGAGCCUUUUCUUUCCAGAAUCAAUGGAAAAAAGUCGAUCUAAAUAUAGAAAUGUCAGUUAGCUGUCCUUCAUUGCGAUAUUGAAUGCUUUUAUCACCUUGUCACCUCCUAUGUCAUGCAUGGAGAUUCCUGUAUGUUUAUGCAAAUAUGAAUGUGGAUUUGGUACAACAAUAAUUUUGCAAUUGCUUCCGUCAACCUUUUAAGAGUGUUCUCCUUUGUCUGUAGCUCUUCAGAAUAAUGAAAACUGUAAUAAUUUCUUGAACAGAUUUUGGUGAGAACAAGCCCCUUAUGUUCUCGUUAUUAUUUGUAAGGUUCCUUUCUGAUCUACAAGAGUUAUUUGUGCAUUGUUUAGUAAUGCUAGAGAAAAUUUAUGGCCAUUUUUUGUAACUCGGUGGAUGUUGUGGCGAAUAAAAUUUCAAAUUCAUCUGUAUUCUGUCAUCUUUAACUAUAAGAUUCAUCUGUAUGGUUUAGCAUCUGCAUUCUAUCAUCUUUAACUACAUCUCAUCUGUUGCUAGUACAUAGUAGGAGGGGAAGUUUUAAGACGCUUAAAAACCUAAAGAAGAGCAAGGAGGCCCCAUGUGUAUACAAGUUAAGGAAAUUCGUCUAACCUUUCCAAAAUUUAAGGGGCCUCGUUCGUACACGUCAUUAGCAGUUACCACAGUUUUGUCAAGACAAGUUAUUGCAGGAGUAGAGGAUGACAGGGAUGGAUGUAGAUGAUCUAAAGAACUUGGGCAAAGGGUGAAAGACUGAAGAAGCUUUACCUAAGUACUUUUACUAGAAAGCUAUGUUCAAACACUUUUUAGGUGAAAAUGUCUUUUACCUCAGUGGACCAUAUACAUUCUGCUCUACUCUUUUGUUAUAGUAGUGUAGCAACAGUUUUUUUAUUAUUUUAUUUUACAUUUACAUUUGUUCCAUAACAGUGCCUGUAGUUCAUUUGGGAUACAUGGUUUCUUUGUAGCUUCAGGUUAGGAUAUUUUCCUUGGACUUCAAAUUGAUGUCAUUACAUCACUUGCAGAUUGUUCUGAUGGACUUCAUCCGAAAAAGCCGUGUCCUCUCCAACAGGAGUAAAGGCUGAAUGGCUGAUACCCAUUAUUUUUUAAGGUUGUGUUGUCAACUAAAAUAAUUAAUACUGUACCUCUCUACAGAUUGGAAUUGAGCUCUUUUUUAUUUUUUCAUAUGAAAUUGCUUGCUCUUGAUUGAAAGCCUACUUGUUGUAUACUGAACAAACUUGAGUGAGAAUUAAUAGCAUUCUAGCUUGAUGUUAUAUCCCA